UCUUCCUUCUGAGCUCGAGCUCCUUCCCAAUGUGUUCAUUGGAAGUGCGCUUCACCGGAGUCAAACGAGCGACGGGGCUUCAGUAUUAUCCGUCUGUCUGUACCGGCGAUUACCGACAGCCAGGCCGUCUGACGAGCUUCAACCGUUUGGAUUUUUUUGCGUUGAUGUCAGGGAGGUGGAACGGAAUUUAAUUUUUUGUGACUGAGCCUCCACCUGUUAUUUGCCACCUUCGACGUUAGCUAACGUCAACCCUACGGUUGACUGCUAGCUUACAUUAGCUAAUUGUGACAGUUUCUGCCCCUGCUGCGUGUUAUAGCACGGUUGGCAACAUGCUGCAGUGAGUAAUGCACAGAGUGUUGAUAUUAAUUAUGGCCAUCUGGGGAACGCAAGGAUGCUCAGAUUCGGAGAGCUGCCCUACACAGGCGCCAAAUUCAUCCGACUAUUGUUAUUCGGCUCGAAUUCGCAGCACAGUGCUUCAGGGCUUGCCGUUUGGCGGGGUACCCACUGUCCUUGCUCUGGAUUUUAUGUGCUUUCUGGUGCUGCUGUUUGUUUUCUCCAUCUUGAGGAAAGUAGCAUGGGACUAUGGGCGCCUUGCUCUGAUGACUGACGCUGACAGCAGAAGAAUGAAUGAGCGGUACAGUCGUCUGGAUGACCAGGAACACGUGUCUUCUACCGGGACAUCAGACCGAUCAGAACGAUAUGAACGCCUCACCUCAGUUUCCAGUUCUGUGGACUUUGAGCAGACAGACACAGGUUUUUGCUCCUGGCUAACGGCUAUCUUCCGUAUCAAGGAUGACGAGAUCAGGCUGAAAUGUGGCGAUGAUGCAGUGCACUACCUGUCCUUUCAGCGCCAUAUCAUCGGACUCCUGGUGGUGGUAGGAGUCCUCUCUGUGGGAAUUAUCUUGCCUGUUAACUUCUCUGGAAGUCUACUUGAAAACAAUGCAUAUAGUUUUGGUCGAACCACUAUAGCAAAUUUGGAUGCCAACAAUGCACUAUUGUGGCUGCACACCACUUUUGCAUUUCUUUAUCUGUUACUGACUGUGUACAGCAUGAGACGACACACCUCCAAAAUGCACUACAAGGAGGACGACCUGGUAAAACGCACUUUAUUUGUCACUGGAAUCUCCAAAUAUGCAGAAGAGAAUGAGAUAAAACAACACUUUGAGACUGCAUAUGAGAACUGCAUUGUACUUGAAGGUCGUAUCUGUUAUGAUGUGGCCAAGCUGAUGUAUCUUAACUCUGAAAGAAAGAAAGCAGAGCGCAGCAGGAAAUUCUUUGUUGACCUGUUCAACAAGGAGCAUGUUCCCACCAUGAUCAACCCAAAGCCCUGUGGCCAUCUUUGCUGUUGCGUCAUCAAAGGCUGUGAACAGGAAGAGGCAGUGAACUAUUAUACGAAGCUGGAGCAACAGCUAAGAGAGAACUACAAGAAGGAGAGAGAGAAGGUCGACAGGAAACCCUUAGGAAUGGCCUUUGUCACCUUUCAGAAUGAAUCCAUGGCUGCAAUAGUUUUGAAGGACUUUAACGCCUGCAAGUGUCAGGGCUGUCACUGCAGUCAGGAGCCCAAGAAUUCUCAGUUCAGCGCCAAGCUUCACACGCACAAUUGGACUGUCACCUACGCCCCAGAUCCACAAAACGUCUAUUGGGAGCAUCUGUCAGUGGGAGGAAUCUCCUGGUGGGUCCGAUGCUUUAUCAUAAACAGCGUCCUCUUUCUCCUCCUCUUCUUCCUUACCACCCCAGCCAUUAUAAUUUCCACUAUGGACAAAUUUAAUGUAACCAAACCAGUGGAGUAUCUAAAUAAUCCGAUUGUCACCCAGUUUUUCCCCACUCUCCUACUGUGGUCUUUCUCCGCCUUGCUUCCUACCAUUGUUUACUACUCUGCUUUCUUCGAAGCUCACUGGACACGGUCAGACGAAAACAGGACUACAAUGCACAAGUGCUACACUUUCCUAAUCUUCAUGGUCCUCUUGCUGCCCUCUCUAGGACUCAGCAGUUUGGAUGUUUUCUUCCGCUGGGUCUUUGAUAAAAAAUUCUUCGCAGACGCCAAAGUGCGAUUCGAGUGUGUGUUCCUUCCUGACAAUGGAGCUUUCUUCGUGAAUUAUGUCAUUGCGUCUGCAUUCAUUGGUAAUGCCAAUGACCUGCUGAGGAUUCCCGGUCUACUUAUGUACAUGAUCCGACUCUGCUUAGCUCGCUCUGCCGCUGAGAGGAAGAACGUCAAGAGGCACCAAGCCUACGAGUUCCAGUUUGGGGCAGCCUAUGCCUGGAUGAUGUGUGUCUUCACUGUGGUUAUGACCUACAGCAUCACUUGUCCAAUCAUCGUCCCAUUUGGGCUGAUGUACAUGCUGCUGAAACACCUUGCGGACAGGUACAACAUGUACUAUGCCUAUUUACCAUCCAAACUGGACAAGAAGAUCCAUUCUGGAGCUGUCAACCAAGUGGUAGCUGCACCUAUUCUCUGUCUCUUCUGGCUUCUGUUCUUCUCCACUGUUCGUACUGGUUUUUUAGCUGCAACAUCCAUGUUCACCUUCGUGGUUUUGGUCAUCACAAUCAUUAUAUGUCUCUCUCACGUCUGCUUUGGACAUUUUAAAUAUCUAAGUGCUCACAACUACAAGAUUGACAGCCAGGGUGUGGAUGGUCUGGAAAAUGGGGAACCAGCGUGUGCUCCUGCAACAACUCAGAUGUACAUUGCUCGGGUACUUCAAGACCCAAAUUCAGAUGAGGCUGGUUCUGGCAGCGGUGAGGACGACGGCCAGGGCUCCUCGCAGGAUGAGGAAAUAAUCAAUGUUGAAAAUGGCCUGAAUGAGGAUUUCCAGUCGGGUGAAGACUGUCUCAUUGAUAAUGAAGUGCGACACUGACACUGCCUGGAACAGAAUAAAAACGUUUAACUCAAGGAAUGCACUGAAAAUGUGACUUAAACUAGGAACUGACCUACCAUUCUCCAAAGCAUCUCAUCCUCCAUCGAGGGACUCUACACUAACAUAAGAUCACUGUCUGCUAAAAAUUAAAUGGAUUGGUUGCUCAAAGCCUGCAUCUCCUCCACUAGGUCUCACCAAAACACAUCUUAGGUGAAGAUGCAGAAGGAAUCUACUCAAUGCAAAGGCAGCAACGUCCAUCUGCCCUGAUGUACUGUACCCACAACACUGCACAUAUAACCACAAACAAAAGACACUAAUGCACACAUGAAGAAUUUAUGCCUUGUCAUGUAAGGAGAGUCUUAAUCUGUAUUUGAUUAACAUUGCACUUCAAAGAGGGACCUGUGCUUUAAGCUGAAUUUUCACUGAGGUACUGUAGUCCGGCAUGCCUUCAACUUCAAAGGGUGGAGAGGUUUUCCUUUGACCUUUUGUUAGUAUCUGCAAUUGUUUGCUCUAAAUGCUUCCCCAAAUAAUCAGCUUAUGUGAAUGAGAGGAGUGUUCUACACGAGAUAAGUGCUUGGUCUGUGCAGAUGGGGUGGUUUCAUAAUAGUUCUUCCAAUUCUAUAGAAGCCUAUCACUUAAAGAAAAAAAAAAAAAAGUCAUUGCUAUGAACACUCCUGGAUGCUUUAACCCUGGACAGCUUCAAACCUCUGGAUCUGUUUAAAAGCGUUUUUAAUGUGGUAUUUGUAUGUGGGCACGAGUUUAAAAUGCCACCAGGAUCGAUAUGUCAUAAACUGCAGGAUAAGAUGAGAAUUCAUGUCCUGGCACACUACAUGGAUAAUGAUCUUUUUGGCGUUCCGUCUCUGAGCCUUUGUUGGGACUGCUGCUAUGGAUGCUGCCCCCAGGACAAUCCUUGCACAGCUGCUGCAGGAGGACUGGAGGCCAAGAGCCUGCUGAAUUCUUCUAGGCUGCUCAGAGGAGGAGAGACAGACCUCUGUGUGUUGUUUUUGUUUCUUUCUGGGUCAGUUUCAGACGAUACACAUUAUGACUAUUUGUUAAAUUUAUUUGCUUUUUUUUUUGUUAAUAUGUUUACAUUUACAGUUUUAUGUAGAGUUUAAAACUAGCAUUCAGUUUAGUUGGCUACUGGUAACUUUAUAAUUGAUCUAAUCUCUAGAUUCAUCACUCAUACCUCUGUCAAAUCUUAUUCAAUGUUAACCUUUAUGUAAUUAGUGAGCGCUGUGAUCCAGUGGACAUUGAGCAUUGUUACAGUUUACCAUCUACUUCCGCUCCUUGAGUGCUGAGAUGGUUAAACUCAAAUUGUGCAAUUUUGGUUAUAACUUAAAUUUUUAGGCAAGUUCAUAUGAAGUUAGGUACUGUAGUUUAGCGCUUGUGAAUGAAAUCCAGAUGAUUUUGCAUCUGUAAUAUUCUUAAACCAUUCUGUAUUCAUGACAUGCUUCUUUUCCUUGAGAAGUAAUGAGUGUUCCCAGACGACUGUUAAACUUGAAAAUCCAGUUCCCAGCUUCGCAAACCUCUACCAGAGCAGGAGAAAUUAACUAGAACCUGUAACAGGAAGAUUAAAUUAAUCUUUUCAAAACACUUUAAGUAACUGGACACUACAGUAAUUAAACCAUUCUAAUGUCUGAUGCACUGGCCACACAAUUAUGAGUUUUUCAUGAUUGGUUUAGUCUCCUUCCCUAGCCAACACAGCACUAUGAGCUACCCCAGUAAACAUAAAGAUGGACGUUGGCAAAGCAAGACAAAGUACCACUACUGUUGGACCACAGUAUGAAAAUGUGUCGUCCAGCUUCUUAUAGAACUGUAGGGAAAAAUGACUACUAACCUUACUUUCACUCAUAUGAUUGACGGGGUAGGAUGGCGAGACCAAACCCAUUCCAGCAACCUCUCUGUGGCUGUUUUGGGCCAUUUAUGGGCAUAUUGUUGUGGUACUGGGAGUAACGUGUGACACCAUCGAGUCCGAGCUCUUCCUGUCUUGAUGAGGUGAUUUUAUUUUUUUAUACCUUUUUAUACAUCUGAGCUGUGAAUUUCUGAAUGUCCAAAUUGCAUAUACUGUCCAGCUCUGAGCGAGAUGUGUAACAACUUUUUACAUGCUGUUUGUAAGUUAAUCCACAGCUUUAGGUGAAAUUAAAGCGGCUAAAGUUAUUGUGUGAUUGUUGCAUUUAAACAGCAGCAAAACGAUCAACCAGAAACUAAACGUUCUCCACGCUUCAUAAAACUGUUCCAUGUCAUGGCAUUUCAUUUCAGUAAGUUCUAUAUUUGUCACAAUGGUUGUGAUUGUCAGUGUCUGUUGCUUAUUCUGUGUUUAGCAUUCACAUAACGAGUCAUUUGUUUUAGAUUGUCUUCAUAAUAAUAAUAAUAAUAAUAAUAAGAAUUAUAAUUAUUAUAAUAGUGUGUGGAUGGUGGAACUCACUGGAAAUGGGUGGAUUGUUUUUGUUAGUCUCAGCCUCUUGGAAAGGAUUUCUCAGUCUGUUCUUCCAUCAUGUUCAGAGUGGUAGCAGCCUCAUCAUUGCUUCAUUAGGACGCUGUUGUGUUUCUUUGUCCUUCAUUUUUCGAGAUAGGAAGAAUAAAAAUACCAGAUGUCACCAUCGGACUGUCUGGUUUUAUCAUUCCUGUCAAAAGGCCGUCUAAAGCAGAAAUGCUGUAUGUGUCUGUACUCCCUUGCACCAAUAAAUCUGUAUUUAACGAACUCUA